CUGAUUCUUGUAUCAGUGACGUUUCCCACCCUUGCAUCGAUCACUGCCACUCGGAGGACUGGUUUGGAGACGACCAUUAUCCUGAUGGUGAUCAUUGCCACUACGACGACCCGGUCCGCGAUUGCCGCCACGACGAUGCGUGUGAUGGCCAAGUGAUUCCAUGCGUAUUUACCAAGCAUCGGCGUCAGAGGCCUGCUUCCACUGUGAGUCUUUAUCACAAAGCAAAUGCCAAAGAAGAGAAAGAAUUUGAAAAAUUGAAGGAGGAAGAAAAAGCGAAAGGAGAAAAAGGUGAACGAAAAGAGGAAGAUUUGGACCACGAUGGCAUUUUUGGACGUCUUCUUGAUGCCUUAGUAACAACUUUCCGGUACCGGCCAAACGGCGUCCGAAGCAUGGUCAUUGCGUCUGUCAUCGCCAACUUCUUUAUAUCCUUCGUUGUCCCAGCGGAAACGGAUAUCAUCUUCCUGUACGUGAAGGCCAAGCUUGGUUGGUCCUUUACCAGCUACGCAACCUUUUUCGCUCUCAAGUGCGGCGUGGACGGCAUGGCCCUGCUGUUGCUGCUGCCCCUUCUGCGCCGCUGUUUGGGCCUUAGGAACGCCUCCCUCGGGGUCCUGGGAGGUCUAAGUCGCGCUACCUAUUUCAUUGUACUGGGCAGUGCCUACAAGCCCUCAAUGGUAUAUGGGGCUCUGGUGACCGCUGUCUUCGGACAAUAUCUGUUCGUAAGCGUCCGUGCUAUCAUGUCAAGUCUCGUAGACGAAAAUGAGCAAGGCCGAGUCUUCACAGUGCUGAGUUCGGUGGAUCAGCUGGCCCAGCUCUUCGGCUCCCUCGCCUAUGAUAACCUCUUCCCAGUCUUCCUUUCGAAGAACAUGCCCGGAGUCACACUCAUGCUGGCUGGCUUUGUCGCACUCAUACCCACUGUCGCUUUCGGGGUCCUGUACUUCUCCUUGGACAAUGUCACAGGAAGGAAAACGACCGAGAAGAGCCCGCUGCUACCUGGCAACUAA